CAAUAAACGAAACCAAACGAUACCUUGUGCAUCGCGAAGGAGCCGAAGACCGCUUCCAGUAUCUGCUGAUCCUACGGUGGUGUUCAUCGCUACCCUCCUGAGAAGUAACUGGUCCGGUGACAAUGGCCUCCUCGAUGCUAAGUGCGACGCAGAGAUACGCGGCAGGAGCGCUUCUGGCACUCGCCCUCCGCCAGGCUCAGAUCCAUCAGAUUCACCCCCUUGGCUCCGACGUCUCCGAAGUUGAUCCCAACGCAAGGGACAGGUGCAGCUCCGCUAGCGCCACUAGCAGUGAGAGUGACGGCGACGAUCCCGAACUCUGGACACAUCAGUCCCGAGGUCUUCUCCGCCCUGUUUUCAGGUUUUUGAACAUUGAUUCCAAGGCCUGGCUAGGAUUGGAGGAGACUGCUGGGUCAUCGGAAGUCACACAUCACAUAGGAGCGUAUAUGAGAAUGAUUUUUGAAGAAGACGGUGAAAUUUCUUCAGAGAAGGAUGAGCUAGAAUUCGCUUUAAAAAAGGGAGUUGAUGCCAUGUCAAUGAGCUUAGAAACUUCUUCUGGCAAGGUAUCCUGUGAGAAGCAUCAGAAUCAGGAUCAGGAAGAUUUUGACAAACCUACCUUAUUGGCAUCCCAUAAGAGCUUAGAGAAGACAUCAGAAACAUGUCCAACUUUGGAAAACAGAAAUUUGAAGGUGUCUCUUAAAAUGGAGGACUUACAAAAUCAGUUUGACAGCCAAUGCAGUGAAGGACCAAUAAUAACAGACUCUCCUUUUUAUCAAAAGAGGAGACUGGUAGUGUUGUAUGAACUCCUUUCUGCAUGUGUGGCCGAUAUACCUCAAGAUGACAAAAUAUCUAAGUUUCGAAAUGGCUAUGAUGCUAGACAUCGUGUUGCCAUACGGUUGUUAGCAACUUGGCUUGAUGUUAAGUGGAUCACAGUGGAGGCUAUGGAGAUAAUGGUUGCUUGCUCUGCAAUGGCUGCAGCAAAAGAGGAAGUACAGUCCCAAGAAAAUGAAUCUGAAAAGAGCAAAUGGUCAAAAUGGAAACGUGGUGGAGUCAUAGGUGCAGCCGCAUUGACUGGAGGAGCUUUGAUGGCUCUAACUGGAGGUUUGGCUGCUCCAGCAAUUGCUGCAGGGUUUGGUGCUUUAGCUCCCACAUUAGGGACUCUAAUCCCUGUUAUUGGAGCAAGUGGAUUUGCUGCCAUAGCUACUGCUGCAGGAUCUGUAGCUGGUUCUGUAGCAGUUGCUGCUUCCUUUGGAGCUGCUGGAGCUGGAUUGACUGGAAGCAAAAUGGCAAGAAGAAUUGGGGGUAUUGAAGAAUUUGAAUUUAAGAAUGUUGGAGAAAAUCAUAAUCAGGGCCGCCUUGCUGUGGGAAUAUUCACCUCUGGUUUUGCUUUUGAAGAAGUAGAUUUUAUUAGGCCUUGGGAAGGGCUGCAAGAUAAUUUGGAGACUUAAGUGGGAAUCCAGGAACAUAAUUGCCCUGAGCACUGCAAUUCAGGAUUGGCUUACAUCAACGUUAACGAUGGGGUUAAUGAAACAAGGUGCAAUGAUGACUGUGCUAAGCUCUCUUAUGACUGCACUAGCAUGGCCAGCUACCUUAAUUGCAGCUACAGAUUUUAUUGAUAGCAAGUGGUCAAUUGCUAUUGAUAGGUCGGAUAAAGCAGGAAAGCUUCUAGCUGAAGUGUUGUUAAAAGGAUUGCAGGGAAAUAGGCCAGUCACACUUGUUGGCUUUUCAUUAGGAGCUCGUGUUGUAUACAAGUGCUUGCAGACACUGGCCACAUAUGAAGAUAAUGAGGGAAUUAUAGAAAGAGUUGUCCUUCUUGGUGCACCUGUAUCAGCCAAAGGUGAGCAAUGGGAUAUUGCAAGAAAGAUGGUUGCUGGGAGAUUUAUAAAUGUUUAUUCCACAAAUGACUGGAUACUUGGAGUGGCUUUUCGUGCAAGUUUGUUGACCCAAGGUUUGGCUGGAAUACAACCCAUUGAUUCUCCUGGGAUUGAAAAUAUUGAUGCUACUGAUUACAUUGACCGGCACUCUUCAUAUCUUUGGACGACCCAGCACAUUCUGGAGCAACUUGAACUUGAUACUUAUUAUCCGGUUUUCAAUCAUAUCCCCUUGGAUACUUACCAGGAUAUCAGAAAUCAAUCCAGCUAGGCUUGUAUGAAUCCAGUGCGAUCCAAAAUUGUACGACGGUAGAUUGUUACAUUUUGUUGAAAUGAAUAAAUUUAAUGUACCAUAUAUUUUACUAAAAAAUUGUGACUCAUUUUACUAAAUUGUAUAUCAUAUGAAGCAUUAUUGAAUUUAAA